AUGGAAGACACUCGUUUUGAUCGUUUUCCGGUCACCUUAGACCCAACUGCUCAAGAAUUCCGACCGACAUACCCUUUGUCUUUACCUCCACCUCAUACAUACUACUCAUACCCAUACCCUUACAACUUCUACAGCGCUCCACUUCCUCUUCCGCCACUGCCGCCGCCCGUUUACGUUUCACCAAAGCCACCGUCUCUCGCUCCAACACUCCCACCACCAUCAAUCACCCCAACGCGUACGCUCCUCCUUAGCUCCGUCCCUGCCGAUGUGAGCGAGUCGAUUGUCAGGCGAGAACUGGAGGUGUUUGGAGACGUCAGAGCCGUACAAAUGGAGAAAGUUAGAGACGGGGUCGUCACCGUUCAUUUUUACGACCUCCGACAAUCCACGGAAGCGCUUCACGAGAUUCAGGAGCAACACAUGCAACAACAGUGUCGUCUACGGAAACACUUCGAUGCACUCACGUUUAACAAUUCGGCUCCGUCGUAUGAAUACCAUCGUAACACUUUUUUAUGUCCUCCACUCCCUCCGCCGGCGCCUGGACUCAUCGCUGGUCGCGCCGUCUGGGCACAGUUCACUUUCCCUGUCUCCGCCGGACUCCCUGAUGGAUAUAACCAAGGCACAAUCGUUAUUUUUAACUUGGACCCCGAUAUCGCCGCCGGAACACUCAAGGAAAUUUUCGAAGCUUAUGGAAGCGUGAAGGAAAUUAGAGGGACGCCAUCGAAGAAGAACCAGAGGUUUGUGGAGUUCUACGACACCAGGGAUGCAGCCAAGGCCCUUAUGAAAAUGAACGGCAAAGAAAUCGACGGCAAGACGGUGGUCGUCGAGUUCAGCCGUCCCGGUGGUCACAAAAACAGUCCCAAACACUUCCGAUUAAACCCCAUUACCUCCCCUCGACCACAGCCGAUCAUCCUUGCACGUAAAUUCCCAGCUGAGUCGGCUGCUUAUCGUCCUCCACCUCCGCCACCAUCGCCACCGGCAUCAUCGCAUAAUAACUCAAGGAGUUCGAAAGGCAUGAGCGAGCUUGGUGGAAACGGUAACGUCGUGGACUGGUAUCGUAGUUCGUUGAAGAAGACAGGAAAGAAGUUACCGGAGCAAUCAGCAAGUGGCGGUGGUGUUUGGAGCAAGCAACGGAAGGGUUCUCGACAAACGAGAGAGAAGUAUGAUCCAAGGUUUUUGAUCAAGGAAGAUGGGAUUAUUUCUGAAUCAAGCUUUUCAGAUUCAAGAACUACAGUUAUGAUCAAGAACAUCCCUAAUAAAUACAGUCAGAAACUGUUGCUAAAUAUGCUGGAUAACCACUGCAUUCACUGCAACGAGCAGAUAACCGGCGGCGAUGGUGGAAGCAGCGGAGAGCAGCCACCAUCCUCCUAUGACUUCGUCUACCUCCCUAUUGAUUUCAUGAACAAAUGCAAUGUGGGAUAUGGAUUCGUGAACAUGACGUCGCCGGAGGCAACAUGGAGGCUAUACAAGGCGUUUCACCAUCAAAACUGGGAGGUUUUCAACUCCAAGAAGAUCUGCGAAGUUUCAUAUGCUAGAUUGCAGGGCGUGGAGGCAUUGAAGGAGCACUUCAAGAACUCAAGGUUUCCAUGCGAGGCGGAGGAUUACAUGCCUGUGGUGUUCGCUCCGCCGCGAGAUGGCCGGACACUGACUGAACCAUUACCGAUCGUAGGACGAAGUAUCAUAACGUCAUCGGAUCAUGAAUCGAGUGUGACAGAAAGCGAAUGUUGUAAUAAUAGUAAUAAUACUUUGGUUGUAGAAGAUGUGAAUUCCGAUGAUAGUAACGGCGGCGCUGCCAGUGACGGCGGCGGCGGUGGUGAUGAUUGA